UCGCUGGAAGCCUGGAAGGUGCCCGCCGGCCCCGCGGUUGCCAGAUGUUUCGAAGUUACAGGUGCCCCAAUACCUCCUCAGUUUUACCUUUAUGGAAAAACAUGGACUUUAAAAUGGUUAUAGACGUGUUACGGAGGUUUGUUUUUGUUGUGUUUUAUAUCCUCAAUAAAUGUAGAAAAACAGGAGUCUUAAUAUACCGGCAGCGGCGUCACCUGUCUUUCGGGGCAUCGGAGGAGGGGCGUUGCGGGCAGCGGGCAGGUGAACUGUAUGCUAGUGAUUGUCUCACAGGCAGAGAGGUUGGACGUGUGCAUUGCCACGCUCGCUGGCUCUGGCUCACGCCCCGCUGGCAGGCCUGGCUAGACCAAUCUUUCUAAAUGUCAUUUUGCCGUUAAAAAUCGGUUCCUCAGACUCUACGACCUUAACCCCACUACCUCUUCGUUCAGUGUGAUGUGUGGCGCCAUGGUCGUGAAAGCAGGCGCCGUCAAAGCGCCAAGUUCUCUGUGCGACGCAACGAGACUUUACGGAUACUGAAAGACACCCGCCUCGCGCCAGUUGACGCGAUACCGUGAUAAAUGGAAGGAUGCUGUUAGACUUUUAGACAUAAGUGGUGUUUAAACUUUCCAUGCUAACCGGCGUUUUAAGCCCUAGUGAAGAAAAAACUUAAAUGCUGGAAAAGAAAGUAAUCCAAACACAGUUGGAGGUGUGCACUUAAGAUAAAAAUAUAAAAGUGAAGUACCUGAAUGCUGUUGAUAAAGUAAUCCUGGAACGGUUAAGGUAACAUUGUGGUUCUCAUGGCGGAAAGCGGAGAACAGGCGGCGGGUGAAAAGACCCUAACCGAUACCAACAACAACAAUAGCAACGGUUGCAGCGGCAGCAGCGAUGACGGUGGCGUGCGCGGAGAGAAGUAUGCCCUUCGGCCGAGGACCCUCAUAAAGCGACUGCAGCAGGAGAGGGUGCGGCAGGAGUUACCGAAAAGGCCUCCCACUAAGUCGAAAUCGAGGCCCGCUCCACUGUCCAAGUAUCGACGGAAGACAGCCAAUGCACGGGAGCGGCACCGCAUGCGUGAGAUCAACAACGCCUUCGAAUCGCUCAGGCGCGUGCUGCCGGAGGCGGGGGAGGUUCAGGCGAGCACCUCUUCAGCCAUCACCAAAAUCAUGACCCUGCGCCUUGCUGUGGAAUACAUCAAGGCUCUCUCAGUUGUGUUGGAGGACGAUACUGACCAACCCUUCGGUCCCCUUCAAUCUUGCCUCCAUCACUCCCUCCCGAUCUCCAUCCACCAUCACCAACAUCAACACCAGAAGGUCCUACAAUCCACUAAGGUGUCACUGUCCUCCAGCAAUCUACACUCAUACCCACCAACCUCUCUCCCUAACCACCAUCACUACCACCACAACUACAGGCCGCCGACACAACUGGUGGCUCACUACGACCCCUACAACUCUACAUCCACCUCCCUGUCCUCCCCAGCCACCGUCCGCACCUCCGUCAGCAGCGCUAGCGACCUGGAGGAUCUCCUUUCCGAAGACUCGGGACUUCUGGAGGAGAACUUUGAUGUUUUCCAUGAUAUACAGUCCUUGGCAGCUGCUGAUCCUUUCGAUAUACUGCUAGGGGGGGACAAGGACACAGCCCUCGCCUUCCCUGCUGAGCUGUGUAACUGAAGGCAAUCGUGACGCUGCUCUGAAUGAUUGUCUUAUGGAGGACCGGCCGAUGGAUGCUCGUGUUCGAAAUACGUUGAAAGUCUUCCCUGUCGCGGUGUGUGUGUGUGUGUGUGUGUGUGUGUGUGAGAGAGAGAGAGAGAGAGAGAGAGAGAGAGAGAGAGAGAGAGAGAGAGAGUCCUUUUAAUCUGCACUCCCCAUAUAAUUUGAUCGAUGCUAGUCUGAUGUGCCAUACCCACCGUUCGGGCCACCUCCGUCCCACUGUGUCAUGCGGGCUAUGUGCACUGUGUAACAUUAUUAUUAUAGUGGCGAUAAAUCAUCAUCAAAGCACUAUUUAAUGGCAGACUUUAGUGAUGUGAUUUAAACGUCCGCAACUGGUGUAGCCUAUUACGAAAUACACUUAUUUUUAUCUCAUCAUAUGUAGUAUGAAUAAAACUUUGAAUGGA